AUGGGAACGCUACUCUGGCCACCACCACCUCCUCCUCCUCCGUCUGUGAUCUCGGUUUCUGGGAGACGAUCUUUGUCCACCUUUCCAUCCUGCCUUCCGGAAAACCGUUACAGUCGGGGGAAAGUUUGUAGCAAUAUUCAAAGUAGCAAGUUUGAUAGUUUCCUUGACCUAAAACCAGAAUCAGAGGCUGAGUUAUUGGAUUUUGAUCUCCGGUGGCUUGAUUCCUCAUGUAAGUCUUGCUUAGAUGUGAUUAUCAUUGGUGCUGGCCCUGCUGGGCUGCGUCUAGCUGAGCAAGUAUCACGCUAUGGAAUUCAUGUGUGUUGUAUUGACCCCUCCCCGUUGUCCAUGUGGCCCAACAACUACGGAGUGUGGGUUGAUGAGUUUGAGGGGUUGGGACUUGAAGAUUGUUUGGAUAAAACAUGGCCCAUGACUUGUGUUCGUAUAGAUGACCACAGAACCAAGUAUUUGGACCGCGCCUAUGGACGGGUUAGUAGGAAACGCUUGAAGAUGAAAUUACUUGAGAUCUGUGCUGCUUAUGGAGUCCAAUUCCAUAAGGCCAAGGUUUGGAAAGUGGAGCACCAGGAGUUCGAAUCUCUGGUUGAGUGUGACGAUGGGAGCAAGCUGAGGGCAAAUUUAGUUGUGGAUGCCAGCGGUUUUGCUAGCACUUUUAUAGAGUAUGAUAAGCCAAGGAACCAUGGCUAUCAGAUUGCUCAUGGUAUUCUAGCUGAAGUUGAUAGUCACCCAUUUGAUUUGGAUAAGAUGCUCCUCAUGGACUGGAGAGAUUCCCAUUUAGGUAACGAGCCUUAUAUACGUGCUGGUAAUUCGAGCCUCCCGACCUUUCUGUAUGCAAUGCCAUUUAACUCAAACUUGAUAUUCUUAGAAGAGACUUCCUUAGUCAGCCGGCCAAUGUUGUCGUAUAAGGAAGUUAAGAGAAGGAUGGUUGCGAGACUCAGGCAUCUGGGUAUUCGAGUGAGGAGGGUAAUUGAAGACGAGAAGUGUUUGAUCCCCAUGGGAGGCCCCCUCCCCCAGAUUCCUCAAAGUGUAAUGGCAAUUGGUGGGACCGCUGGUCUGGUCCACCCCUCUACUGGGUACAUGGUGGCUAAGACCAUGGCCCUGGCCCCAGUCCUGGCUGAAACAAUUCGGGAAUGCCUAGGCUCUUCCAGGAUGAUCAGAGGUAAGCCACUUCAUCACAGAGUCUGGAAUGGCUUGUGGCCUAGCGAGAGGAGGUUUACCAGAGAAUUCUACUCUUUUGGGAUGGAGACUCUUUUGAAGCUGGAUUUGAAUGGCACCAGGGGUUUCUUUGACGCUUUCUUUGAUUUGGAUCCUUACUACUGGCAAGGGUUUCUCUCCUCUAGGUUGUCUCCUAGAGAGCUAGCUUUGCUGAGCUUAUCCCUGUUCGGGCGAGCCUCAAAUCCAUCCAGGUUUGACAUCAUUACAAAAUGCCCUGCUCCUUUGGUUAAAAUGAUGGGUAAGUUGGCAUUCGAAACUAUUUGA